GUCGGUCACGUGAAAAUAUAGGCCCGGCUCAUUCACAUAAAUCUGAUUAUAUCGUUGUUGGGGACAUUAUUCCAACGGGAGAGCAGAUAUGAGUGUCUUUGUUUCAGCACUUUGUGUGAUUAUUAUAUCGGUAACAGUAUCUGGCGAAUGUCCAAAUGGUUGGGUGAGGUAUGACAACUCCUGCUACCGACUGUUCCGAAAUCACCCUCAAGCAUGGCCAGAGGCCGUGUUUAUGUGCGAAGAACAAGGAGGAUAUCUUGCGUCUAUUGAGACAAAACGUGAAAAUGGCUAUCUGCAAGAAUUGAUCACCGAAUUUAAUGUUUUAACCACUGAAGACGUGUGGAUCGGACUUGCUGACGUGAGGCAUGAGGGUGUGUUUGUGUGGGAGUCCACCCGAAAAAAUGCCACUUUCCUUGACUGGGCUCAUGGUGAGCCUAACCAACCGAAGACGAAACAAGAGGACUGUGUCAAGUUGUAUGGCAAGGGAGCACACAAGUAUGCCGACGCUGAAUGUUCACUGAAAUAUCACUAUCUGUGUGAAAGACCAUUGAAUGAAAAUCUACCAGUCAUCGGGUGAAAAUAUCCUUAAAAUCGAAACAUCAUUUCGUUGUGUAAAUACAGAAGGUUAAUAAACAUAUUUGAUCAUAAUCA